CCGGGCUGUGACUAUAAGCACUUGGUAUAAAAGAGGCUAGCGGCUGUCGAUUUCCUUCAAAGAAACAGCACAGCGAAUAAUGCUCUCUCUGAACUUCCGACUCGUCUUCCUCCUCUCCUUCUUGGUACUGGCUAGCUGGUGUGCAAUGGGACAAGAACAGAGUAAGAGGCAGUGGGAUGAUUGGAAUGAUGGGGACGACGAUUGGCGUAAGCGAGACUGGGGUGAUGACUGGGAUAAACGCCAGCAAGGGAGCCAAACCGCUAGACCAAGACCACAGACGUCAACAGUUCAGUCGGGUCAGAAGAAGCAGGGAGACGAUAGGAAGAAAGAUAAAGACGACGACAAGGAUGACAAUGAGGAUAAAAAGCGCCAUGGAUGGGGCGGUGGCUGGGGCGGCGGCGGCUGGGGUGGCCGUCGAGGAGGAGGCUGGGGCGGCGGACGGGGUGGCCGCUGGUAAGCAGGUCAUUUCCAAAUGGGAGUGACAAGCAACUGUUGCCGCGAGAGAUGUUACCACCCUUGCACUUGCAACCCCAUCAAAUAGGUUGCGCUCUGUUCACUUUUGCUUUAUUUUUCAAGUAAAAUACAUAGUGUGCAAAGCUAUCGG